UUUCAUCUUUAAUUAGCAAUAGAAUAUGCAAUAUUUAAUAUCAAUAUUGGUAAUGUUGCAUAACAAAAUGUACGUGCGUUGGGUAAUGUGAUUUUUGUGUCGCAUUAAUAUUUAAAUGGAUUGAUGACUACUGGGUGGACUGGACCUCGAGGAAACCGGAGCGUAGAUAUACGUUAGAUGACAUGCGCUUCUUCUGUUGACAAUUUUAGUAUGUAAUUGAAGAUAAUGUAAAAAAUAUAUACGGAGGUCUAGUGGGGAAAAUGGCAACAAAAAUUAUCGAACCUCCGUCCUCUGCUAGUUCCGAUAGUGAUGUUGGCGAGACCCAGGCGGACCUCUCAGAUGUUUUCCCUGAUGGAGAAUGUGAGGAGGAGAAGAGUGGUGACUUCUACAACACCCCAGCAUCACCUAUCACAGUGCCCUACUGUCCAAGGCCCCCAUCCACUGGGUCGCAGAAGUCCCCGAGGGCUCGACGACAACGCACGACUUCGAUAAAUCAAUCGUCGAAGAAGACGUCGGCUGAGUCUAUGAUUAGGACCCCUCAUCGUACUAUUUAUACGGCUGGAAGACCUCCAUGGUAUAAUACUGCUGGUCAACAAGUUGAACCUUUUGUCAUUGGUAUUUGCGGUGGGAGUGCAAGCGGAAAAACAACGGUGGCUGCCAAGAUUAUAGAGUAUUUGGGAGUACCAUGGGUUACUUUACUGAGUAUGGAUUCGUUUUACAAGGUGUUGAAUGAAAAACAACAUGAGCAGAGUGCUCGAAAUGAGUAUAACUUUGAUCAUCCAGACGCUUUCGAUUUUGAGCUUCUUAGGGAAACAUUGGAGCGUUUAAAGGAAGGAAGAAAAGUUGAAGUACCAAUCUACAACUUUUUGACUCACUCCAGGGAAACGAGAACUAAAACUAUGUACGGAGCAAAUGUGAUUAUCUUCGAAGGAAUUUUAACGUUUUACAAUCAGGAAGUGCUUAAUUUGUUGGAUAUGAAAAUCUUCGUAGACACUGAUCCCGAUGUGCGUUUGGCUAGGCGUCUCCGUAGGGAUAUUUCCCAAAGAGGUAGAGAUUUGGAGGGCGUCUUGAAGCAAUAUACAAGCAUGGUGCAGCCUUCUUUUAACCAUUACAUCGCUCCGUUGAUGGCUCACGCCGAUAUUAUUGUGCCGAGGGGUGGAGAGAAUGAAGUGGCUAUACAACUUAUUGUUCAACAUGUGCAUAGGCAACUACAAUUGAGGGGUUUCAAACUGAGGGAGGAAUUAGCCCAAACCCAGAAUUACGUGGGCGAACCACGACCUAAUACUGUUCGUCUGUUGCCCACUUCGCCACAAGUGAGAGGUCUGCACACCUUCAUCAGAAACAAAGACACGCCCAGAGAUGAGUUCAUUUUUUAUAGCAAAAGAUUAAUUCGUUUAGUUAUCGAAUACACUCUAUCACUCAUGAAUUUCACGGAGAGGACCGUUGAAACACCGCAGGGCGUUUCAUAUAAAGGCAAGAGAAUGGGCACUAAUAAAAUAUGCGGAGUUUCCAUUUUGAGGGCAGGAGAAACUAUGGAACAAGCAUUCUCCGACGUUUGCAAAGAUAUCCGUAUUGGAAAGAUUCUUAUUCAGACCAAUUUCAAUACCGGAGAACCAGAGCUGUUCUAUUUGAGAUUGCCGAAGGACAUUAAAGAUUACAAAGUGAUAUUGAUGGAUGCGACAGUUGCAACGGGAGCUGCUGCAAUGAUGGCUAUAAGGGUUUUAUUAGAUCACGACGUGGCAGAAAGUAAUAUUCUCAUAGUGUCUUUGUUGAUGGCGGAAUCUGGUGUGCAUUCGAUAGCGUACGCAUUCCCAGAGGUGCAAAUAGUGACCACCGCUAUUGAUCCCGAAAUCAAUGAUAAAUUCUACGUUUUGCCGGGAAUCGGUAACUUUGGGGAUAGGUAUUUCGGCACGGAACCUUCCGACGAAUGUUGAUUAAUAUUAAUAAUCUCUUAUUGUACUUAUACGAUUUACUUAACUUUAAGUACCUUUUAUUUCAUUUGUUUUGUGAUAAUUCGAUUCGUGGAUUCUUGUUAAAUUUAUUUCAUAAUUUAGGCCUCUAGUCUACGAUUUGUUUAGGUUUAUUGUGUCAGCGUUCAGCAAAACUCAUUUUGAACACUGAGUAUUAAUAUUAAGUUCCUGUCUACAAUAUUAUAUAACUUUUUUUCAAUUCAUUUCAAAGUAUUACCACUCUUUAAUUCGCAAAAGUCAUAUUUAACUAAAUAUAUUGGAAGCAAAUUAUAUUAUGUUAAAAUGAUUCUGUUAGGAAAUAUAAGUGAGAAACAAAAAUUAUACACGCCUGGAUAUUAUUUCAACGGCGCUUCUAUGUAACGAGUGAGAACUGCAGACCAAUGUUCCGAUCGUGAAGCGUUCGUGUUCAAAUUGGUGUUGGUUUCCUGAAACUUCUUGCAAAGCUCUUCGCAAUCUUCAAACGAUGCGUCGGAUCCUGUGAACUUCGCGCCCCAACCGGACGCGAAACUUAAAUAUCGCAUCUGAAAAUAAAUUAUUUAUUGGUUA